UUAAGGAAGCGGUGAUAAAAUGUCUUGAUUUUAAUAAUUUUGAUGAGUUUGAAUAGACCAUAGCAAAUUUUGUUAUCCUCGAUUAUUUAAUUUAUGUAUAACUAGAAUUAGUUUUGUUUCUAAUAAGUAUUUAUGAACAUUAUUUAAAUAAUCGGGGUUUGUUGAAACAUGAAAGGGUAGUUGACAAGGUCUAUUACAAAACAGUUGUAAUUUGUCUGACUGAGUUUUGAAGCAGUUUGUUUUUGUCGUAAAAUUCAUCUUCUCGAUGCUUUUCCGCGUUAGUGAAUUAGUGAUUAUUAAUCUAAGGUGGAAAUGGUUCGAGUAACUAGCCCAAUGUCAGGUCAAGAGAGUGUGAAAACUCCUCAUCGAAUUGAGCUCUGUGAAGAAAAAAAUCAAAAACCGAAAAGAACCUACAGAAAACGAAGAAUUGUGGCGGCAACACCCACAAAGACUGAGAACAAAGAACAAACCUCUGAACCACCAAUUAAGAAAGAAAUUAAAUCAAAACCUUUAAAAACCAGUAAUGGUAUAAGUAACAUGACUAAUGGAAAUAUAGUGAGGUCCAGAGCAUCCCGUGCAGCUGCGCGAUUGGCUGAAAGUCAUAAACUAACAGAAUACUUCAAAGAGGAGAUCAAAAGUCCUAAAAUAGAACAUGUUCCCUCACCACCACUUGAAAAAUUAAAGACAGAAAUUGAUGAAAAACCAAAAGCAACUGAAGCCAAGUCUGUUAUCAGUAAUCAUAAGCUAACUGAGUACUUUCCAGUGCGUCGGAGUGUAAGAAAAACUUCAAAAUGUGUAAUGGCUGAAAAGAUGAGGGACUUAGAGAGGGCUAUAAGAGAACAAAAAGAAGAUGGAUUAAAGAUCGCCUUCUUUGAUGGUAAAGGCCGUGGUGUUAUUGCAACCAAGCCUUUUCACCGAGGCCAAUAUGUAGUGGAAUAUGUAGGUGAACUUGUUGGUGUUGCUGAGGCAAGGGACCGUGAAUACAUGUAUGCUCAGGAUCCAAACGCUGGCUGCUACAUGUAUUAUUUUAGACUGCAAGAUCAACAGUAUUGUAUUGACGCUACACGUGAGUCAGGGCGUCUCGGUCGUCUAGUGAACCAUUCUCGUAACGGCAAUCUAUCAACCAAAGCUGUAUGGGUCGAUGGUCCUCGGCUCGUGUUGUUGGCCGCUCAAGACAUCUCCCCUGGAGAAGAACUGACUUAUGACUACGGCGAUCGUUCCAAAGAAUCGCUGCGUCACCAUCCAUGGCUUGCGCUUUGACCUGUAUUUGCUUCAGGAGUCUCAAAUGAACUGCUAAGGAUAAUUUAUUAUUAAAUUUAGCUGUUAAGUUUGUUUGUUACAAUUAUAUAAGGUUUGAUAUAAUGUAGUGGGACAAGUGGCCUAGAAUAAUUUUGAUACUUGGUAGGGUGGUUCAUGUACAGCCUUAUGUCACUGUAACCGUUUGGAAUAUUUGAAAGACUCAUAAAAUUACCACUAUUUAAAUUAUUGACUUUAUUAUCAUGAUCAUUAAAUAGUCAAAACCAGUGUGUAUUUUAGGUACAAUUUUGCUUUUUAAACGGUUUGGUUAAGUUCGUUGUUAAACACUAACAGUAACCUUAUCCCUUUUGCAAACAAUUGACUUCAACAUACAUUAUAUUCUGAUAUUUAAACCCUAAUAUACAAUAUUAAAAUUAACAGUAAAUUCCUGAAUUAUAAAAAUCAUAUUUCUGUUUUAUUAAAUCCCAAGAAUAUUAGUUAAAUUUUAAUAUAAAGAUCGGACAAACUUUAAUGAGUAUUUUCAAUGACAUCAGUAUUUGUGGUAUUUGUUAUAAAUAUCUACUUAAAGUGGCAAAGAUAGUCUAGGCUAAUAAUAUUUUAGACAAAUUAUAAUAGUAUAUCCACUGCUACUAAGAUCUCUAUUAGUACUGUAUUAAGUAAUAUUGUGAGUUUAUGAAAGGAAGUGAUUCCAUUCAAAAGUAAACCUAUCUUAACUAACUUGCUUGUUUACAUUGCUUGAAGUGUAAAAAAAUCGAUUUUAAAAGAUUGAUUAAUGAAAAGUUAAGGUUCAGUUUUAAUAUUGCUUUAAAAUCUGUUGUAGGUCAUACAGAACAUUUAGAACAGGAUUGCAUUUCAAUUCAUUUAGGAAUACAGGUUUUUAGGGAAACAUAAUUGUCAUUCUAAGAAACUCGAAUUAUGUGUGGACUGCCUUAGCUAAUGUUAAGGAAUGCCGCUAACUAGAAGAGUUGUUCAAAAUAUACUUUUAAAUAUCUGACUGAAAACGCUGUAAGGAAUGUGUGACAUAGUAAAAUAUAGCAUUGAGAUAUUACUGUCCCUGCAUUAGCAUGUUCUGAAGAUUUUUCGGUUGUAAUUCUAGCUAUUAUAAUAAUUACAACAUACUCAAUUCUCAAAUUAAGUUCAAACAGCAACUCGAAUAAGUGUCUAUACAUUAGGAUAGUUAUUAAUUUUAUUUGAGGUAAAAUCUAGGUCAUCGCUAAACUGAGAUCUUUGGGAUUAAAAUGUGAAUUUAUAAACAUUUUAAUGCCAACAACAACAGUUUAUAGGAAACAAAAUAUAAAGGAGUAUGUUUGGUAAAUGUCAGUCAAUUCAGUCUAUUAAAGAAUUUCUUUACAAAUUUUCAACCAUUUAGUUUUAGUAUUUACAACAACUCUAUUACUUUCAUUAGCUGUUAAUGGUAAUAUUACUAUGAUUUUUUUAUAUACGAACAAGAACUAAAAAUGACUUUACAAAUAUAUAAUAAAUGGCUUAACCGAAAAAUUAUCAAAAAUUGUUUUUAAAAGCGUUUGUGAUAUACCUUUAUGUAUAAACUAUACUUUUUGGCGAUAAUGUUCCCAUAGUGUUCUAUAGAAUAUGUAGCCGUCCACAGACUAAAUAGUGGAAGUUCGACUAGCCCUUCACAUGUGUUUCCAAUGUAUUUUGUUCAUGUAAAACAUCUCUAAAUAUGAAAACUGUUUCACUUUUGCUAAAUAUUUAAUGAUAGAUAUCUUAACGUAAGAUCUACGAGGAUUAUUAAAAAAAUUGUUGGGUUUACCCCUUAAAAAUAACUAUAUAAUGUUAUAGUUUUAUAAAUAGUAGUUAUUUCACCAAGUUGUACGAGUGUGAAGUUUGCCAGACGUUGAAAUUUCUUUUUUGCCUUUUACUUAUCAUUUAUUUUCAUUCUUGUUAAAUUUUAUUUAUCUCCUCCUAAACUUUCUUUUAACGUUUGGCGUCCCUUCUAAUUAUGAUAUAUAUAAGUUUUUUUUACACUAUUUAGUUCCUAAAUCGUUGUUUAAUUAAAUAAUAUAAAUGCUUAAAUUAUCUUACAUAAUAAAUAUUCUCAUGUUUUCUCAAAUAGGCUAUUUAUAAGAGUAAUAUAUUUUAAAAUUAAUUGCAUUUUACGAAAUAAAGUAGGACGUUACAAUAGAUGUAGAUUUAGUUCGCUUAUUGUGUAUGUGCACAUUAUGAAAAGGCGAUAUAUCGAAGACUGUGUGAUAUGGAACUCCAUAUGUAACAGGAGAUAUUUAUCACAUACAGAUUAUGUACAAAAAUUACUCAAUGGAAAAACAAAUAUUUUUUUAGUGUACUUCGAUAUCAUUUUGAGUUAAGCCAAUUGCACGAUAACAGAUGUCCUACUCUGGUACACCAAAUAUACAAAUGACAUAUUUUUAUAAGAAUGAAAUUUUAGUUAAGCCUAUUUAUGUUUAAUGUAUGUAAAAUUAAAUCAGUGUGAAUAGUGAAUAUUCAAUGUGAAGGGCUAUUUUUAUUAAUAGCAAUUUUGUAAGACUUAAUAUAUAUGGGCUGAUGCACUGCCCUAAUUAUUGUAUAAUUAAUCAGUAGAAAAUUGAGUGAAAUAAACGAAUACAUAUUUAUG